AGCUCAACUGUCACCCAGCUGAUGCCGGGCCGCAAUGUGCUGUUUUGAUUGAAUAACGCGAGCCAGUGUAUUUUUACUGCAUAAAAAUACCAAUUUUUGUGUGAAAUAGUGACCCAACCAAAGGAAAACCCCUCGCCAUGAAUCAGGCCGAAGUAACGAAGUUAAUGUCCCAGCUGCGGGUAGCGAUACGCCCGCGACACCGCAACCUGAAGAACAGCGACGGCCCCGAAGGCCGGCUAAAUAAGUUGCGCAAAACGGUGACGGCACUGGUAAAGCACGAGCGGAUCGAACUCAACUACCAGCGGGCGGAUGAGGCACGCGGCUAUGCCGAGCGUCUAAUUUCCGAUGCGAUACGCAACGGCGACUGCCACAAACCCACGAUGGAAAUGGCCGACUAUUGGCUGCUGGAGAAGCAGCUGGUACACAAGCUGUUCAAGGUGCUUGUGCCACGGUUCGAGGAGUACAAGGUGUCCGCUACGCGAAUGUACAAAGCCCCCAAGGAAUAUCCGGGCUGGUAUCGAAAGCGAGCGGUGCUGGAGCUACGAGGCAACCCGUACCCAUCGCUACUGCCGAACCAAACCAACAAUCGGAACCUGCUGCACAAUGUGCUGAUGGACGAAGCGAAGAAGGACUACCGGAGGGAAAAGUAUGCGGAACUGGCCGCCCAGAUUGGAUCGGAAGGUACGGCCGGGGAAGCUACCGGUGCCACCAGCGAGCAACCAAAACCGGCCCAACCGCAGGCCUAGUGUAGUUUGUACAUAGAAUAAUGUCAUUUGCUUAGAUUUAUAGUAGCAGAAAAAGGGGAAAAACAAUAAAUUACAGCUAAAAGAAAGCAAAGCGCACGCUCGCAAAGAUAAACUGGUAAUAUGGUAUCUCGGGAUUGUGUAUUGUUAUCGAUUUUCCGCCGUUGGAGAACUAUAGGGGGUGUCGAGGGUGGAUGCUGCGCUAGGAUUAUUUACAAUCGCUAUCUUGGGAAUGGGACGAGGAAAAACGACGGCAUGGCGCAUCUUUCUCUGCUGUAGGAAUUUGAUUGUACGAUGGACGCACUAAAAGAUACAGUCUUACAGGGUUCACCGAUAGAUAGCA